AUGGACCUGAAAUGGGGGUUAGACCACACUACCCCAGGAAUGAUUGCUGCCUCUGCUAUCCUAGCUCGUUGGGCCCUAUCUCCCGAUGAAUGCCUCAAAGAAAAAGGGGUUGAAUCCGACAGGCAUAAGCUAAUGACAGGGGUGAUGGCAGCAUUAAACGAUGACAACGACAAAAUCAAGCCCGGAGACCAAGAGAUGAUUUCUGAGAGAGGCUUUGAAGCUGGGGGGGGGCUUGAGGGUGGGAAUAGUAAUGAGGAGAAAAACAAUAUAAAUGAACAUUAUCAGAUCACAUCAAUAAUUAUGAUCAAACAAUCUGUUUGUGUCUAUGAGGUUAUUGAUGGACUGGAUAAUAACAAGUCCAAAUGCAAGUUCAAGAAACUGUCAAUGUCCAAGACUAUGGGAGACAAGAUGGACAAAGAGAAGGGCAGUUAUACAGCAGUAUGA